UGCUCCACUCUCCCCGACCUUUUAAACAUUUCGAUAAGCCUUAUUCUUACCCACUUCAUCUCAAUUUUUAACACCUAAGAAGCAAGCUUCCUCUUAUAAUAAUGCAGAUCUAAGUUUACUAAGAGAUAUCCCAUCCAAAUGGCGGAUCUUCAGCCUACUCCUUGGUCUGCAGAUGAACUAGUAGGAGAGCUACUUGACAAUGAAUCGCCAUUCUUCAUAAUUCCUGAUCAAGUGGCCGAGGCAUCAAACUUGGACGUUGCAUCGAAUCAUUCACCUGUGUAUAACAGGCUAAUGUCCGCUGUUUACUCGGGGCCAACCAUGCAAGAUAUAGAAAGUGCUUUGUCUGUGACCAAGUAUAGAAAUCAAACCGAGCAUGUCUCACAAGCCAGAGUUUCCAUGUUGGACAGAGACUUGAGUAGGACUCAUGAGAACAAUUACAGGUACACGCUGAGAAUUAAGAGUUGCGACAAUGCAUUGGCUGAUGAUGGUUAUAAAUGGAGGAAGUAUGGCCAGAAAUCUAUAAAGAAUAGCCCAAACCCCCGGAGCUAUUACAGGUGCACAAACCCAAGGUGUGGUGCAAAGAAACAGGUGGAGCGGUGCAGUGGUGACCCGGAAACUCUCAUCAUCACCUACGAAGGCCUUCACCUCCACUUUGCUUACCCAUUUUUCCCAUGCAACCGACCACAACAGCAGCAUGUGAAUUCCCCCGCUAAGAAGAAGCAGAGGAAGCCCACGAGUAGUAGCAAUUCACAAGGCAGAAAUGAUCAGGAGGCGCAACGCAGCGUUACUAGUAGUAUAAACGAUGCAGAAGAAAGCCCGGACAAUGUUACCCACUGUAGCCCUGUAAUACCACCACCACCGGCAACAGUCGGCGACGUCAAUACAGGAUGGGAGCAGAAAGGAACAGAGGGCGACUACUCGCCACAAGGCUUGCUUGAAGAUGUGGUGCCAUUACCAAUUCGUAAUCCCUUGAUUAAUCCGACGUCCGUGAAUUCUUCGUCCUCUUCCUCUUUUCCAUCUACUCCAACUUCACCUUCCUCCAUUUCGUGGCCCCCGGGCUAUUCAACCUUAGGCUUCGUCGGAUUUUAGGUUUGUACGUAGCUCUGGUAUUUACUAGUACUAGCUAGGAGACCAUAACUCGUUGCGUAUGAUAUAUGAAUAAUCUAAUUAAUUUCAAUACGAAAUUUUCUUGGUUGAAAAUUGAAAUGUAUAUGUAUACAUCCCCAAAUAUUACAACGAAGUAAUAUCAACAUUUAUCU